AUGCGCCUUGGCUGCUUGCCGCUCCUGGCAGGACUGGUAGCUGUUCAGUACAGCUCCGUCUUUGCCCAGGGAGGGACCAAGAUUCACGAGGAGGGUCGCUGUGCGAUUCGUGGCCACUGCGGCAAAAAGUCUUUGUUCGGUGGACAGUUGCCUUGUGUCGAUAAUGGAUUUGCAAAAAAGCCAGCAGCAGUUACACGAGCGAAACUGGUUUCGCUAUGUGGAGAUAAAUGGAAGACGGGGAAUGUUUGCUGCAACGACGAUCAGAUUGCUGCUUUGUCCUCGAACUUGAAGCUGGCCGCGGGUAUAAUUGCCUCAUGUCCCGCUUGCAAAGAAAACUUUUUCAACCUAUUUUGUUCCUUCACAUGCUCUCCGAAUCAGUCGCUUUUUAUCAACGUUACACAAACAGACAAGAUUAAUGGGAGGACAGCGGUGACAGAGCUGGAUAACUUGUGGUCCGAGGGAUAUCAGACUGGUUUCUACGACAGCUGUAAGGAUGUGAAAAACGGUGCUACGGGCGGCAAGGCAAUGGACUUCAUUGUCAUCUAUUCGGUGUUUUUGCUGCUCUUAGUCGCUGGAACUCUUGGUCAUUUCGCCUUCCGGAGACGCCAACAACGAAAACUGGAACGGGUCAGGCUCCUACAAGAUACAAGCCCAAGUGAUGACGAAGAUGAAGGUGAUCUCAUUGACGAUGCCGGCAUUCUCGACCGCCCUCAAACCAGUUAUAGGCUAAAUUCUAUUUUCGAUGCGAUGUUUAACCGCCUUGGUGGUGCUUGUGCUCGUUUCCCGGCAUUAACGAUAACGACAAGCAUUAUAUUAUGUGGCUUGCUAAGCCUGGGAUGGCUACGUUUCGCUGUCGAAAUAGACCCUGUCAAACUCUGGGUAAGCCCAGACUCAGCUGCUGCGCGGGAGAAAGCAUUUUUCGACGAGAAUUUCGGGCCUUUCUUCAGAGCCGAACAAGCAUUUCUCGUUAACGAUACCCAUCCAAGCGGACCAGGGCCUGUUUUAAGCUACGAAACGCUCAGUUGGUGGUUCGACGUGGAGAGUCGAGUUCGCCGCAUGAUUUCGUUGGACAAGGGGCUCUCUCUGGAUGAUAUUUGUUUUAACCCGACAGGGAAGGCUUGUGUUGUCCAAUCAUUGACCGGAUAUUUUGGAGGCUCUUUCGCCAAUGUCGACCCCAACACUUGGGAAGCUCAUUUGAAGCAUUGCACAGAAUCUCCAGGCUCCGUAGAAUGCCUUCCAGAUUUCCAACAGCCCCUAAAACCAGAAAUGAUUCUCGGUGGUUAUGGACAGACCGAUAACGUAUUGAAUGCCACCGCACUUGUUGUUACAUGGGUGGUUAACAACCAUGCCCCUGGCACAAUAGCGGAGGCUGGAGCAAUAGAUUGGGAGGGUAGCUUAAAGAGAGUGCUCGAGGUGGUUCAAGAGGAAGCAACUGAACACGGUUUACGUGUUUCUUUCAACACCGAAAUCAGCCUUGAGCAAGAAUUGAAUAAGUCUACGAACACGGAUGCCAAAAUUGUGGUAAUCAGCUACGUAAUUAUGUUCGUCUACGCUUCGUUAGCUCUUGGAUCUACAACUUUGACUUGGAAAAGCAUCCUCAGCAACCCGGCAAAUAGUCUAGUGCAGUCGAAAUUUACUCUUGGUAUCGUCGGUAUAUUGAUCGUUCUGAUGUCUGUCUCGGCUUCUGUUGGGAUUUUCUCAGCAGCCGGAAUCAAGGUGACGUUAAUAAUAGCAGAAGUGAUUCCGUUCCUCGUCCUCGCAAUCGGCGUCGAUAACAUUUUCCUUAUCGUUCACGAAUUUGAACGAGUAAACGGAAACCACCCAGACGAAGAAAUCGAUGAGCGCAUCGCACGAUCUUUGGGAAGAAUGGGCCCCAGCAUCCUCCUUUCUGCAACCACAGAAACAAUUGCAUUUGCGAUGGGAGCUUUUGUAGGGAUGCCUGCUGUCAAGAAUUUCGCAGCCUAUGCUGCGGGUGCCGUCUUGAUCAAUGCGUUAUUACAAGUUACGAUGUUUGUGUCCGUACUAGCACUGAAUCAGAGACGUGUUGAGAGCCUCCGUGCAGACUGUUUGCCUUGCCUUACCGUCCGAAAAGCAAAUUCGUCCAGUAUCCCAGGCGGUCAGCCAUACGACCACGCGGAGGAAGGCGCUCUGCAGCGUUUCAUUCGAAAGAUAUAUGCGACUCGUCUUCUUCAGAAACGGACAAAAUUUUUAGUUGUGACUGUUUUCCUCGGAAUCUUCACAGCCGGCCUUGCGCUACUACCAACUGUGGCGUUAGGUUUGGACCAACGUAUCGCCAUCCCCAGCGAUUCAUACCUGAUUGACUACUUUAAUGACAUGUAUGAUUACUUUGGAAGUGGGCCUCCUGUCUACUUCGUGACGCGAGAUGUGAAUAUUACCACAAGAAAUCAUCAGAAGCAACUCUGUGGAAGAUUUUCAACCUGCGAGGAGUAUUCACUGGGCUUUGUCCUCGAACAAGAAUCCAAGCGUGCCAAUGUUUCUUAUAUCUCAGGAUCCGCAGCUAGUUGGAUCGACGAUUUCUUUUAUUGGCUGAAUCCUCACCAAAACUGCUGCAAGGAAGACGGACAAACUUGUUUCGAAGAUAGGAAUCCGCCAUGGAAUAUUUCCCUCCAUGGUAUGCCAGAAGGAUCCGAAUUCAUUCAUUACGCACAAAAAUGGUUGCAAUCACCUACAGACGAGACAUGCCCUCUCGGCGGUUUGGCUCCUUAUAGCAAUGCCCUAGUUCUCGAUUCAAAACACGUCACGACAAACGCAAGCCAUUUCCGAACGAGCCACACUCCCUUGCGUAGCCAGAAAGACUUCAUCAAAGCGUAUGCCUCCGCUCGUCGUAUUGCUGACGGCAUCUCACAAGAGCACGGUAUCGAUGUUUUCCCUUACUCCAAAUUCUAUAUAUUUUUCGACCAAUAUACGUCUAUUAUUCGCCUCACGGGAACAUUGCUCGGGUGCGCAACUGCGAUCAUUUUUGUUGUCACAUCUAUUUUCGUCGGUUCUAUAGCCACAGGCGCAGUCGUAACCGCAACAGUGAUUAUGACUGUUGUCGAUAUCAUCGGAACCAUGGCUAUUGCUAAUGUUUCACUAAAUGCCGUCUCGCUGGUUAACUUAAUUAUCUGUGUCGGUAUCGCGUUUGAGUUCUGUGCACAUGUUGCACGCGCUUUCAUGUUCCCUUCUAGCCCACUCUUGGAGCAGGCUCGAGGUAAAUUCCGACAUCGUACUGCACGCUCGUGGGUGGCACUGGUCAAUGUUGGCAGUAGUGUAUUCACUGGCAUCACUGUUACCAAACUUCUAGGUGUCUGUGUGCUCGCAUUUACAAGAAGCAAAAUAUUUGAAAUCUACUAUUUCCGGAUUUGGCUGGCACUGGUAAUAUUUGCCGCGUCGCAUGCACUGAUAUUUUUGCCAGUUGCCUUAAGCUUCCUUGGUGGUGACGGAUAUUGUGAUCCUCAAACAGACGGCGGCCUGGAAGAGGACCUCGCCGCGCGAAGAUACCGAUCGUUGCUGCCCGAUGACUAUGAUUCCGAGGACGACUCGUGA